AUGGCAACAGGCGUACUGUGCGACAGGAAAGUCCCUGUUCGACUGAAGUGGAAGAUCUACAGGACGGUUGUGCGUCUUGUUGCCCUUUACGGAUGCGAGUGCUGGCCGACGACGAAAGCCUUGGAAAGAGUGUUACACGCUAUGGAGAUGCGGAUGUUAAGGUGGACAAUAGGUGUAACGCUAAAAGAGAAAGUAUCCAACGACACUGUGCGCUCCAUCUUCGGCGUCGUUCCGAUAACUGAGAAGAUGAAGGAGGCCCGACUGAGAUGGUUCGGUCACGUCUUGCGGCGAGAGGAACAUUCUGUGGCCCAAACCGCCCUGAAGCUCGACGUUUCAGGAGCGAGGCCGCGUGGGAGGCCAAAGAUUCGCUGGUUAGACCGUGUGAAGCUGGAUAUGAUAGAUGCACCUUUGUGUACGGCUGAUGCAAUGGAUAGAACCAAAUGGAAGACAAGAAGCAGAAAAGCGGACCCUGCAACAACGCGGGACAAACGCUAG